CCGAAACACCCCUGCACCCUAUAUCUCCUCUCCCAUCACACCAGCACAGGCACCAACCAACCAAACCCCUUUCUCUCCCUCUAGCUCCCAAAUCGCAGCAGCAACAACAGAUCCGAUACAUACUAGGUUCCGUUGCAUCACACAUCAGUCACCCCCAAACCAUCAAAUCACCAGAUCAUAUACACGCACACGCCCACCACCCGUCAAAUCACGCCCAAACGGCGGAGGAGGGGGAAAAAGCAAGCGAGAGAGGGCAAUCAGCUAGCAGCUAGGUACCGCCAGCAAUCGCUUGCCGCCUUUGCCACUCGCGUCCAUCCAUCCUAUCCCAUUCGCUGCCGCGUCAAAUCCACUGGUCCCAAGAAGCCCCAGCUCUAGCCGCUCCGGGCAGUUGAUUUGCACUUGCACCGCCUGCUAGAACAGCUACCACUAGCGUGAUCGAUCAACCGGGCAUGUCGUCCUCCUCCUCCUCCGGGGCCUCCGCCGCCUUCACGCCAGUAUCGCAGCAGCAGCAGCAGAUGGCGUCGGAGAGCCUCAGCUCGGAGCUUCAGCCCCCGGCGCCGAUGCAGCCGGAGGCGCCUUCCGAGCAGCUCUGCUACGUGCACUGCCACUUCUGCGACACCGUCCUCGUCGUGAGCGUGCCGAGCAGCAGCCUCUUCAAGACGGUGACAGUGCGGUGCGGCCACUGCAGCAGCCUGCUCACCGUCGACAUGAGGGGCCUCCUCUUCCCGACCACGACCACCACUGUCGCCGCCGAGUCAGCCGCUUCUGCUGUCACCACCACGACGUCCCCGCCGCCGGCCGCCGCUGCUCACCACGGCCAGUUCCACUACCCCAGCUCGCUCAACCUCGCGCCCGGCAACCCUCCCCGCCACUCCCUCCUGGAUGAGAUAUCCAGCGCUAACCCGAGCCUGCAGCUACUGGAGCAGCACGGCCUCGGCGGCCUGAUCGCGGCUGCGGGUGGCAGGAACGCCGCGGCACCUGCGCCGCUGCCGCCACCCCCAGUCGCCGGGGGGAAAGGUGGGAAGGAGCCAUCACCACGGACCAAUCCCGUCGUCAACAGACCUCCGGAGAAGAGACAGCGCGUGCCGUCGGCGUACAACCGCUUCAUCAAGGACGAAAUCCAACGCAUCAAGGCUGGCAAUCCCGACAUCUCGCACAGGGAGGCCUUCAGCGCGGCUGCCAAGAACUGGGCUCACUUUCCGCAUAUCCACUUUGGCCUCAUGCCGGAUCACCAGGGGCUCAGGAAGACCAGCCUCCUACCUCAGGAUCAUCAGAGAAAGGAUGGCCAUGGGCUUCUAAAGGAGGGGCUUUACGCGGCCAACAUGGGGAUUGCUCCGUACUGAUAUCAAGCUAGCAUAUCCAUGCUAUUGCCAUCGCCUCCUUGACUAGCUCCUAUCGACUACUAUCAGGCUAUCUUUAAUUAGCUAGGGCUUUCUGCCAUGGUAAACAAUAUAAUUACCUCAGUUCGUAUGACCUAUUAGCUAUAAUUAAGUGAUCAAUAUCGAUCUAGUAGCACACUCUUCCUGCCUGUUAUUUUGCUCGAUGUAUUAUCUAUAUAUCUUGUCAACUAGUUCUAGUUAAUCACUCUCCUCAUGCAUGGUUUCCACUUAA